AAGACAGUAAGACAGGUUACUUAAUGCUUCCUUUGGAACUUGCAUAUUUCUGCCAUUCCUCUGCAGCUGUAGGACGGCUUCCGGUCCAUAAUUAUUAUUACAACAGCACAUCCAUUUGGACUGUCUAAAGACUGUUUUUUCUAUCUAAAAGAAAAUGCAAUGACCAGAUUUUACACUCUAGCACUGAUGACCUGUUUACUUAAUGAUUAAGAGGUAACGAUGGAGGAUGAAAGCUGAAAAGUAAGAGUGUGCUGUGGAGUCGCCAUGCCUGUGUGCAUGAUGGAAGUGAGAGCUCCUCAUGCACUUUCCUCCUCGCGCCUGCCUGCCUGCCUGCACGCCUCAACUUCUUUUUGGGAACUGAGGGGACUAUUUGCAACAAAUUUUCAAAAAGAAAUCCUAUCAUUCCCUGCGACAAAAUAAGCACGACAGCAAACACAUUGACAAAAUAUGUGUUUACGGUUUAAAUCACAAACGAUAGCAGCUACUCAAAAACAGUUUGCUGUUUGGUUAAUUAUGUCUUAUUCAUACUUUGAGGCGGAAGGAUUUCAGAGGCGCAGUGCGGCCAAAGCUUCCGCCCAGUUUUCCGAUGCGCGUCGGCCGAGUUGAAAAUGGAGUUCGUGCAGAGAAAGCAGAUCCUCUGAACUUCCACAGCGCUCUUCGUUCUCCUAUUCUUUCGCGUGUAUUUUUAAAUAGUCCGCCUCAAAUACAUGUAUUAAUCUUUGCGUCGGAGCUUUUCUCGGGUUUGUCCAUGCUGUAGGGAGCUGCACAGAGAGGCGCUUGUGUUUGGGUUUGUGUUUUCCCGGAGUGUUGGCUGAAAGUUGCCGAGAGGGAGUAGCUCGGUCGCUAGCUGCCCGGUCACAAAAUCCAACCAAACAGAGCGAUUUUUUGUGCACUUACUAGUUUGAGACACUGGUGGAAAUUGUAAGAGAACGCAGAAGAGGAUGUUGAGGAUGAUCAGUCGGUUGCAGAUGGAUUUUAUUCAUUGGGAAGAUCCGAAUCAGCGGCCGCGGCUCCUGUCCGUCUUCUGAACUGGCUUGAGGGAGCUGCGGAGCUCAGCAAUGCGCCGCCGUCACAGCGGACUGUCGCUCUUCUGUCAAUAACUGCGUUUCAAUGCGAACCAAAAUGGUGAUUUUUGCGAUUUAUUUCCCCGCCUUGACUGCGUCGUCGAUGCUGUUUGCAGGAUUUGGAUCCCCGUGAGGAAAAAAAUGAGCGAAGAACCGGCAAAUCCAAAUAACGAUGACAGUUAUGCGCGUGUGAGAGCAGUGGUCAUGACUCGCGAUGACUCCAGCGGCGGAUGGCUGCCUCUGGGAGGCGGAGGCCUCAGCUGCGUGUCGGUCCACAAAGUUAGCCGGCCGGACUCGGACAGCCCCAACGGCGUGGAUUAUCUCAUCCAGGGGGAGCGACUCAAAGACAAGUUGGUUGUGCUGGAGUGCAUAAUAAAGAGGGACCUGGUCUACAACAAAGUCAACCCUAUCUUCCACCAUUGGAGAAUCGACAACAAGAAGUUUGGCCUGACUUUCCAGAGUCCAGCCGAUGCCAGAGCUUUUGAUCGAGGGAUACGGCGAGCCCUGGAGGACAUAAAGCAAGGCUGUCCGGUGUACAGUGACUCAGAGGUUCCUGAAGAUGGAUUACAGGUUAAUCAGGAGCCUCCCUCUAUCUGCACGCCCAUUAGAGAGCCGUUCUCUCCGCAUGGCCGAGUGGUGUCCACCGAGCCUUUCCGUGGCUGUUAUGUGCGUGCUCAGCCGUUCGAGGAGUUCCCAAGCCCCAGCCACCGCUAUCUGCCCCCGCAGGUCUCUUUCUCCACGACACGCCACGUGAGCUUUCAAAUGGACGAAGAAGAGGUUGUUCGGAUCAACCCCCGCAAGGACGUCCUCAUCCGCGGGUAUGAGGAUUACCGGCACCCAGUCAUGUGGAAGCAGGACACAGAGCGCGACGAUGCUGAUUUCUCUACCACAUUCACCAAACUGGACAGCAAGAAAAGUGAGUACUCAUUUCUGGAAGGCUCUGAGCAUCGCACGGGCACCAAGGACUCGAUCAAAACUCAGCAGCCUUCACCUCUACUAAAGUCCAAGAAGUCUCGGAGGAGGCGGGAGGACGGCGAGCGUUCGCGCUGCAUAUAUUGCCGUGAGAUGUUCAACCACGAGGAGAACCGACGCGGGGAAUGCCAGGACGCGCCUGACCCCAUCAAGCAGUGCAUCUACAAGGUGAGCUGCAUGCUGUGUGCAGAGAGCAUGCUCUACCACUGCAUGUCCGACUCGGAGGGCGACUUCUCGGACCCGUGCUCGUGCGAUUCCAGCGAAGAGCAGUUCUGUGUGCGCUGGCUGGCGCUGCUCGGCCUCUCCAUAAUUGCGCCCUGCAUGUGCUGCUACCCACCACUGCGGGCCUGUCACCACUGCGGAGAGGCCUGCCACUGCUGCGGCGGCAAACACAAGGCCGCCGGCUGAGCCGAGCCGACGGGGGAGAAACACACGGCCACGUGAAGAAACAACCGCCGCCGUCGCUUUUCUUUUUUCAUUCACCCCUUGAGGCGGGUGUGGUGCUCCACCCGCCACCUUGGAGGCUUUGGAGAUUUGAUUUGGCCGAGAGCAGCAGAAGCCAAUGACCGGAUCUUCUUGGGCUCUCGAGCUCACGUCACGGAGCUCGUUACGGAAGGGAAGGCGUUUACGGAAUGAACUCGAAUCACAAAAUGAGCAAAAAUAAAAAAUAAAAAAAGAGACAAAAAAAGUCACUUGACAUACAGAUGUCAGACUUUCAUUACAAAUAGCGUGUAACCUUUGUGAAGGAAUGUUGUCUUUUGUACAGAGAUCAAAACUAUAACAAAGAAAACAAAACUGGUUGUGCAUACAGAGGAUCUGCUGUAUGGGUAUGCUAAAAGGGAUAUUUUCUUGCUUUUUGUGAAUUUGCAGUAGGGUUAAAGUGGCCUUCUCUUUCGACUGGAGCAUUCGCUGACUGUGUAAUUAUUAGACAAAAGAAAACAUGCACUAGUUAAGUGUUCUCCCAUGAAAGGUAACCCUCAUGAAUAAUGGUACAUACACUAAAAACACUUUGGGCAAGUUUUAGCAGUACAAAUUUAAAUUUCUGUAAUGGGUGUGUUUUUCCUGCUUUUCUUUUCGUUGUUUUGUAAGAGACAGUAACGUCAUUUCUUUUGAAAUGGUAGUAUGACAUAUAGCCUUUGUUAUUAAUCGUGCUAAUGUUUAAAAUGCAUCCUUCUCUAAUUGGCAAGACUAUUUGGACCACACAGGUGCAUUCCAGAUUGAGAGAUUGAUGACAUAAUACAGCUGUCCACAUUUAUCCCUGGAUCAUUUCCAUGUCAAGGUCAGCAAGAGAUUGAGAGACCAAUUAGUCAGGAAGUCUAGGAAACUUACAUUUCACUUUCAAUUUCAUCUCAUGUUUAUCAGAGUGAAACUGGGUUCUUUUCAGCUUUUUACUUGUUUUCAAGCUGAAAUUGUGCUCAACCAGCAAGUUUUUUUCUUAGAUGACAUGACACAUUUUGCUAUUUUAAUGUUCGUGGUUAAAAGGGUGUCCAAUUCCUAUUAUCGAACAAGGCACUUGUAUUCAUUUUAAAUAGGAUAUCCCUGUAUUUGAGUUUCUCCAUUCAAAUGCCCCUUAUAAAAGCACUCACUUCCAAGCUUUGGUUACAGCUUCAUGUCCACGUUUUUAUAUUCCAUCCAGUAUGUAGUCUUUGUCAUAGUUUAGAGAGUUUAUGCAUUACUUUUCUGUUUUUCAAUGCACACAAAACAAAAAACACACAAACUGACCUGAUUUACUAUCAUUUGAGACUUGCUGUAAGAUGCAAGAUUUUUUUCAACACUAUAAAUCACUUCCUGUUUCAAGGAAGGUCUGCAGAUUCACAAACCCAAUGUCGAGCAUGUCAUUAUCAAUAAUUAUUAGACAAAAUUAUUAGACACUGCAUUUCUGACAAUUUUCUAAAAAAUUAUAUAUAUAUAUAUAUCUGCCAAAUGAAGGUUUUUUUUUUCCUGUUAGCAGGAAAGUUGCUCCCAAUUUCUAAAAGGCCAGUACGAGGCGUUCCAUACUCCAGUUCCCUGAGCUCCCUGUGCAUUUUACAUCAACACACUUUAUUUUCUAUGCAAAUAUUUCCAUGAGAAACACUUAGAUCUCUUCAUAAAAGUCAGUCAUGUGACACUUUAAUAUUAUAGAUGUUAAUCUUGGUACCAAACUCAAACCUUAUGUAAAUAUGUAACACUAUAUUUAAGCAACAAUAAUAAUCCCAUUCAAAUUUUUAAAGAGAGAGUUGUAUUUAUCACUGCUGUCGGUAUAUACUAUAGCUUGAGUUGACAGCAUUAUGUACAUAGGUCACCUUUUAGUAUUAUUUCACAUUGAAAGUAGAGGGCGUACAUGAUGAAAAUGAUCGAGCUUUUACUAGAGAUUCUCUCUAGUUUUGUAUUGCAGAAAGAAGGCUAGAGAAGGUACAGUAGUGGCAGUCCACUUCUCAAAGGUUUCGUCAUAUGAAGCUGCUAGAAACAAUCACUAAUUAUGCGCUGAGAGGAAUAAAAUUCAGCUAUGGAUGACUGUUAAAACUAAAAUCGUUCUUUGGAUUUGUUGAUCACAAAUGUUUUCUUGUGUUUGUCUUUUCGUUAAGCACACCCAUUUUUAUGUUUCCAGGUUUUUUAAGUCUGUCCUUCCCAUAUUGUGUGGGAUUAAGUUUUUUUUUUUUUUUUUUUUUUUUUUUUUUUAAUUAAAUGUCGCAAGCUGAACCAAGGUUUGAGGAACCUUAACAAAACUUGCUGGCUGAGAAGACAUGUAGAAUAGGCCACAUCCAUACAAUUAUAUUGUAGACAGAUACUGUAAUGCCUAGUUUCAUUCUGCAUUAAGCAGCACGGUGAAGCCACAUGUAAUGUGCUGUGUUUAAUAUGCAACCUGUCUGCUUUCUUUGCUUCCUUUCCACUUUGCCGUUAACUUAGCAUUUAUCCGUCUUCAGUUUUUAACCACUUGCUGCUAGUCUCUUAUUUUUGAACUCUUGGACUUUGUGUAUAACUCUGGAAUGCAUAAAAGAUGAACAUUCUUUACUGUUUAGAGAAAUGCUUAUGUAAAUCUGUCAUUUCAGUGUGAUGUAAAAAAAAAAAAACAACAGCUAUGUUCACAGCAGUUUAGUGGUUUCUUUGGAAUUCUUCGACGCUUUGGUGCACUGACAUGUAGCUAGGCUUUUUUUCCCCCUUUUCAUAGCGCUUGAUGAUGUAAAGCUCACGUGAUAAGUUUGAAGUUGUGAAGACAUUUGUGUUAUGGUAAUUGCAGUAUAAAUGGUACUCUGAUGAUUCCACUAUGAACACUGCCUGGUUCUUUAUCUGCAUCUCUGAGUUUUAGUGCCAUCUGCUUCACCCACUGACAACCUCGAAAAAGUGCCUCACGUCCAUCAGAAGUUCCAUCCAAAACUUAACCGCUCUUGCUAUGGUUGUAUUGGUUUAUACACGUCUAGGUAUUUGUAUCAUGGUUUGAAAAAUACCAAGUAUAUGAUGUAAUAUUUAUAGUUCAGUAACUCAUGUCAUAGUUGUAUUUUCUUUAUACAGAUGUAGCUUGUUACGUUUCAUAAAUAUAUAAUGUAAAUAUGCAUACAAAUGUUUGUAACUGUUUUUGUUACAUCAUACACUUGUAAUUUGACAUAUAAAAUAACAUUACCAUAAUAAAAGGUGAGUUUUAAUGUA